AUGAACGUCCACAGAUACCGUCGUCGAGGCCCCAGGUUAACCGCUAGUCUUCGUGCACCGUUGCUUACACAGAAACUCCUGUCGCGACCAUGUCAGAACCAGGGGUUUGUACUCGAUGGAUUUCCCAAAUCAUUAGCACAGGCCGAAAUGCUAUUUCGACCCGAUCCAGAUGAUGAAGAGGCAAUGGGAGAUGAGAAACAUCCCGGUUUUCAUCGACUGAUAACGCCACAUCAUGUGAUCGUUUUGCAGGGCAGUAAUGCUUACACAUAUCAUCGACUUUAUCAACAGUGCGAAGCAGCUGGCAUCGAUCCAGCGAAAGCACGUAUUGUCCCACCGCCGUGGCCACGUGGAUUUCGAGUUGAUAAAUCAAACACAUUGGGUGUGUUGGAAUCCACGGGAUUGCGAAAUGAGUCUGCACCGGAUGAGGAUGUCCCAUCAGUGAUGGGUACAAGAGAGACGGAAGUUGGUGCGGAUGAAUAUGAUGAUCAACAAAAGAUGUAUGCACAGCUUGAAACGUAUUUGGAGAGGUAUGAACGUCGUCUGGAAGAAUACCGUGCUGUAAUGGCUCCAAACGCAGCUACGCUUCGGAAGAAAUUAAUCGCAGAAGCCGAAAGAGCGGGUACGCAUUCGAUUAUAUGUUCAUUAUUUGUAUCAUAG